AUGAGAUUUAUCCUUCCUUUCCUCCUGGGCCUUGGAUGGCUCGCUGGAGCCGCUGUCAUUCCUUCGCAUGACACUCAUACAACCGAGCUUGAUGCUCGCGAUACCACUGGAUAUCGCUCCGUUGCCUAUUUUGUCAACUGGGCUAUCUAUGGACGUAACUUCAACCCUCAGGAUCUUCCUGCUGAGAGAUUGACCCAUGUUUUGUACGCGUUUGCCAACGUCCAUCCGGAAACCGGGGAGGUUUACAUGUCGGAUUCUUGGGCCGAUAUUGAGAAACACUAUACCGGAGAUUCGUGGAGCGACACCGGAAACAAUGUUUACGGGUGCAUUAAGCAGCUCUUCUUACUCAAGCAGAAGAACCGAAAGUUGAAGGUUCUUCUGUCUAUCGGUGGCUGGACUUACUCUAGCAACUUUGCCAGUCCCCUAAGCACAGCUUCUGGAAGAGCUACGUUCGCUUCAUCUGCAACGAACUUGGUUAAGGACCUUGGCUUUGACGGUGUGGAUAUUGAUUGGGAAUACCCUACCAAUAGUGCCCAGGCUGAUGACCUGGUCUCCACCCUCCAAACACUGCGCUCGUCCCUGGAUACUUACAGCGCGGCCAACGCGAGUAACUAUCAUUUCCUGAUCACUGUCGCAUGCCCUGCUGGCCCAACAAACUACCAACAGCUCCACCUAGCGGAAAUGGACAAGUACCUUGACUUCUGGAACCUUAUGGCCUACGACUACUCCGGAAGCUGGGACACUAUCGCCGGCCACGAUGCGAAUGUCUAUGCAUCAACUAGCAAUCCCGCCAGUACCCCCUUCAACACGGACCAAGCUAUUAACUACUAUACUGCCAAUGGCGUGGCAGCUAACAAGAUCGUGAUGGGAAUGCCCCUGUACGGGCGCUCCUUCAUGAACACCGACGGACCUGGAACCAACUAUACUGGAGUCGGUAGUGGCAGUUGGGAGAACGGUGUGUGGGACUAUAAAGCCCUACCCAUGACCGGUGCCACAGAGAACUACCUCGGUCAGCCUGUUGCCAGCUACAGCUAUGAUUCCACCCAGCGAAUGAUGGUCAGCUAUGACACUCCUCAGGUGGCGCAGUUGAAGGCGCAGUACAUCCAGUCCAAGGGUCUUGGCGGUGGAAUGUGGUGGGAGAGCAGCAGCGAUAAGACUGGUUCGGACAGCUUGAUUACUACGGUUGUCAACCAAUUUGGUGGCACCAGUGCUUUGGACCAGAGCCAGAACGAGCUGAGCUACCCUGCGUCUUCCUAUGAUAACCUGAAGGCUGGAUUCCCAUCUAGCUAA